AUGGUGAAAGAGAGCGUUGAGAAAGGUAUCUGUAGCAUGUCUGGCGACGAAAAGAAAGGUCCUCUCAUAGUGUCCGGGCCUGACGGUGCUCCGGCCAAGGGCAAUGGCCCCGCGGGCUUUGGGGCGCCCGGCAGCGCCCUUGCCGUGCCGCCUCGAGAGACCUGGACACGCCAGAUGGACUUCAUCAUGUCAUGCGUGGGCUUCGCUGUGGGCCUGGGCAACGUGUGGCGCUUCCCCUACCUGUGCUACAAGAACGGUGGAGGCGUGUUCCUUAUUCCCUACAUCCUGUUCGCCCUGCUUGGAGGAAUCCCCAUUUUCUUCCUGGAAAUCUCACUGGGCCAAUUCAUGAAGGCCGGCAGCAUCAACGUCUGGAACAUCUGUCCCCUAUUCAAAGGCCUGGGCUAUGCCUCCAUGGUGAUUGUCUUCUACUGCAACACCUACUACAUCAUGGUGCUGGCCUGGGGCUUCUAUUACCUGGUCAAGUCAUUCAGCACCACUUUGCCCUGGGCCACGUGUGGCCACACCUGGAACACUCCUGACUGUGUGGAGCUCUUUCGCCAUGAAGACUGUGCCAAUGCCAGCCUGGGCAACCUCACAUGUGACCAGCUUGCUGACCGUCGGUCCCCUGUCAUCGAGUUCUGGGAGAACAAAGUCUUGAGGCUCUCUGCGGGGCUGGAGGUGCCAGGGUCCCUGAACUGGGAGGUGACCCUAUGCCUACUGGCCUGCUGGGUGCUGGUCUACUUCUGUGUGUGGAAGGGGGUCAGGUCAACAGGAAAGAUCGUGUACUUCACCGCUACAUUCCCCUACGUGGUCCUCCUCGUGCUGCUGGUGCGCGGAGCGCUGCUGCCUGGAGCCCUGGAUGGUAUCGUCUACUAUCUCAAGCCUGACUGGUCGAAGCUGGGGUCCCCUCAGGUAUGGAUAGAUGCCGGGACCCAGGUUUUCUUCUCUUACGCCAUCGGCCUGGGGGCCCUCACAGCUCUAGGCAGCUACAAUCGCUUCAACAACAACUGCUACAAGGACACCAUCAUCCUGGCACUCAUCAACAGUGGGACCAGCUUCUUUGCUGGUUUUGUGGUCUUCUCCAUCCUGGGCUUUAUGGCCACAGAGCAGGGUGUGCACAUCUCCAAGGUGGCAGAAUCAGGGCCUGGCCUGGCCUUCAUUGCCUACCCACGGGCUGUCGCACUGAUGCCUGUGGCCCCACUCUGGGCUGUCUUGUUCUUCUUCAUGCUGCUGCUGCUCGGUCUGGACAGCCAGUUUGUAGGCGUGGAGGGCUUCAUCACCGGGCUCCUGGAUCUCCUCCCGGCCUCCUGCUACUUCCGUUUCCAAAGGGAGAUCUCCGUGGCCCUCUGCUGCGUCCUCUGCUUGGUCAUCGAUUUCUCCAUGGUGACCGAUGGUGGGAUGUACGUCUUCCAGCUGUUUGACUACUACUCGGCUAGCGGCACUACCCUGCUUUGGCAAGCCUUUUGGGAGUGUGUGGUGGUGGCUUGGGUUUAUGGAGCUGACCGCUUCAUGGAUGACAUUGCCUGUAUGAUUGGGUACCGACCUUGCCCCUGGAUGAAAUGGUGCUGGUCCUUCUUCACCCCAUUGGUCUGCAUGGGCAUCUUCAUCUUCAACAUUGUAUACUACGAGCCGCUGGUCUACAACAAUACCUACGUGUACCCAUGGUGGGGCGAAGCCAUAGGCUGGGCCUUUGCCCUCUCUUCCAUGCUGUGUGUGCCCCUCCACCUCCUGGGUUGUCUCCUCAGGGCAAAAGGAACCAUGGCAGAGCGCUGGCAGCGCCUGACCCAGCCUAUCUGGGGCCUCCACCACUUGGAAUACAGAGCUCAGGAUGCAGAUGUCAUGGGCUUCACCACCCUGACUCCAGUGUCUAAGCGCAGCGAGGUCGUCAUGGUGGAGAGUGUCGUGUGA